AGAUGCUUUUGAAUGUGGCUCCGACGAUAAAAAGCGAGCCGUCAUGUUUCCGUCCCUCCCUCUCUGCCUCUGUCCGUCGGCUAGGCUGCACUCAACCUCCCCGCAACAAAACACCGCAAACCAACCAUGUCUGAGAAACUUCCCUUCAAAGUCGCUGACAUCAGCCUGGCCGAGUGGGGGCGUAAGGCCAUCGACAUCGCAGAGAAUGAGAUGCCCGGUCUGAUGAAGAUGAGGGAGCUGUACGGUCAGUCCAAGCCCCUGAAGGGCGCCCGUAUCGCCGGCUGCCUCCACAUGACCCUGCAGACCGCGGUGCUCAUCGAGACCCUCACCGCCCUCGGAGCUGAGGUUCAGUGGUCGAGCUGUAACAUCUUCUCCACUCAGGAUCACGCUGCUGCCGCCAUCGCCAAGUCUGGCGUUCCAGUGUAUGCGUGGAAAGGAGAGACCGAUGAGGAAUACGUGUGGUGCAUCGAACAGACUCUGUACUUCAAAGAUAAUCAGCCCCUCAACAUGAUCCUGGACGACGGAGGAGACCUCACCAACAUGGUCCACCAGAAGUACCCCAAACUGCUGGCAGGUAUCCGGGGAGUGUCAGAGGAGACUACUACAGGUGUCCACAACCUGUACAAGAUGAUGAAGAAGGGCGAGCUGAAAAUUCCUGCCAUCAAUGUCAAUGACUCUGUCACAAAGAGUAAGUUUGACAACCUGUACGGCUGCAGGGAGAGCCUGAUCGACGGUAUCAAGCGAGCCACUGAUGUGAUGAUUGCUGGUAAAGUCGCUGUGGUAGCGGGCUAUGGUGACGUGGGUAAGGGCUGCGUCCAGGCUCUGCGUGGGUUCGGAGCUCGCGUCAUCGUCACGGAGAUCGACCCCAUCAAUGCCCUGCAGGCCGCCAUGGAGGGUUACGAGGUUACCACCAUGGACGAGGCUUGUAAGGAAGGAAACAUCUUCGUCACCACCACUGGCUGUGAGGACAUCAUUCUGGGACAUCACUUUGAGAACAUGAAGGACGACGCCAUCGUCUGUAACAUCGGACACUUUGACUGUGAGAUCGACAUGGGCUGGCUCAACAAGAAUGCAGCAGAUAAGAUCAACGUGAAGCCCCAGGUCGAUCGCUUUCUUUUGAAGAACGGUCGCCACGUCAUCGUCCUGGCCGAGGGCAGACUGGUCAACCUGGGCUGUGCCAUGGGACACCCAUCCUUCGUCAUGAGCAACUCCUUCACCAAUCAGGUUCUGGCUCAGAUCGAGUUGUGGACACAAACCGCCAAAUACCCCCUGGGAGUCUACUUCUUGCCCAAGAAGCUGGAUGAGCAGGUGGCAGCCGCCCACCUGGAUAAACUGGGAGUGAAGCUGACCAAGCUGUCUGACAAGCAGGCCAAGUACCUGGGUCUGCCCAUCGAGGGGCCCUUCAAACCAGACCACUAUCGCUACUGAGUCCCCCCCGACCAGCUGGGGAUGAGGAGGAGGAGGAGGAGGAGGAGGAGGUGUGGCUAUAAGACUGUUGGUGUUUUGGUGGGUGGGAGCACUUUGAGAGUUUGGCCAGGUUGCACUCUGGGCACCAUUUUGGUUUUGGAUUUCCAAAUGUCAACUUUUCAGGGAUAGACAUUUAGUUGUUUUUUUUUUCUCCUCAAAUAGCCUUUCAUAUCACAUGCUAAAGAAAUGUAUUUCACAAGUUGCAUCUGGUGCCGAUCCAAGUAAUUCGGCACAACUGAAGUUUGAAACCAGCACCUUGUUCUGUUUUACUAACACCAUCUUCCAAACAAUCACUCAUUUCUGGUUGAAGCAGGACUUUGGAGUCAAAAUUGCCGCCCCAGAAAACUGCAUUGAAGUCGAAAGUAAUGUCUAACCCAGUAUUUCAACUGAAAACGUAUUAGUUUGUCUCAUCACCACCUUACUCUGCUCUGACACACACCAAUAUCUUCAGUCCUCGGCUUUCUCUCCUUUUUCACCGAUACUCUUCUGAAACACCAUCAAGUGCUACUGCGGCUGUUAAAGAGAAUUCCUCUUGUUGUUUAUGUCAUUCCCUCUCCAUUUAUGGAAUAAAAUAAACCCUGAUGCUUUUCUAUCGAGCUCUCCUCUCCGUCUUGUCGCGGCUCGAGGUGGAAGGUGCCGGAACAGAUCUUUCUUCUGUAUCUUAAUGAAUCAAGUCAAAACGGUUUUAGCGUACAGCGGCCUUGUAGUGUAUUAAUGCUGCCCUUUGUUAGCACUUAAUGAAAACUGUACUUGAAAUGUGAGAAGACUGGAGACGCUCAUGAAGUGCUAGGUGUUACUGGGUAUGUUAUAUUAUCCAGGAAGAGAAGCACUGCUGCCAAAGCGACCACCAAAGCACAUCAUGUUCUUGCCUGAUUUAUAAAAAAAAAAGUCUUACUCUUUCUGUCGCCUCAUUUUCUUGCUUUUUAUUGUGAUUUUAUUUAAUUUGACUUGAAGGGCCAGAACAUGUGCAAUGGCCAGCCCCCCCAGUUCCUUGUAAUUUUUCACUGUAGCCAAUCAAGGUGAUAAAGUGGUGGCAACGGUUCUCAACAGUUACAGCCUGAAGUACAGAGUCCAACCAUAGAUUGAUGUUGAAACUGUCGAGCUGAACAAUGAAAAAUAAAAAACUAUGUUGACUCAGA